GCGAAGGUGACAUGAUUUAUAACAAUUUCGCGCGCUUUACAGUUUUGUUUUUGGUUAUGAGUUUAUAGUUUUUGCAAAGUUUAAAAAAUAUACUACCCUUGCAUUUUGUUAAAGUUUAAAAAUAUAAUUAUAAACGAAAACAUCUAAUAUGGAAACAGCUGAAGAAACCCAGUCAGCUGCAACUGUUUCUAAUUUAGAAAAUGAAGCCGACUACGAUGAUGAAGAAGAGGAGGAGGAGGAAGACGUGCCAAAAUACGUAGAAACCGACUAUAAAUUCGACGAUUUCAUAAAAAGACUGCCUCACCCAAAAAUAGUAAGAGCUUGUGGCUUGGCUUUGAAAAGAUUCGACACAAAUACAGUCUACACAAACCAAUGUAUCGUGAAAUUAUUACACAGAAUAUCCUUCGAUUGCAAAAUGUAUGCUAUGGUCUUCCAACUAAGCAUAUUCAGAACAUUUCAAAGGAUAUUCGCAAUGAAGGACUUGCCGCAGUACAAGGAACUGGUCAAAUUCGCGACAUACAUCAUGAGACAGUUCUUCAAGGUGGCAGAAGAGAAUAACAAGGUUUUCGUUGAGGCGCUAUUUUGGAAAUCUAAGAAGGAUGCUUAUGAAAUUGAAAGCGGAUAUGGAAGCUACAAUGAAAAAUCGACAGCAGCAUCGAAAGUGUGGUCAGAACAAGAAGAAGAUGAACUACGCAGAUUAUUCAUGGAACACCAACACAAACAAAUCGAAGAAGACGUUGUCGACUGGAUAGUUGAUAACUUGAUCGACGGAUCCAAAACUCGAAGAAUGGUGUUGAAGAAACUAAAGGAAAUGUGCUUACUAGACGUUGGAUACAAAAGCAAGAAGAAAUCCGGAAUCAGAAGCAAAGCACCUAAAGAAUGGGGCUCCGACGAAGAAGAGCAUUUACGAGAACUUUGGGAAGAGUUCAAGGAUGCUAUUGACCCGAUGGGAUGCAUCAUGGCAAGGCUGGAAAUCAACAGACCCAAAAAUCGCGUCGUAGAGAAGAUGCUUGUAAUGGGCUUGAUCCAAGACAAAAAAGAGGUUAGAAAGAAGAGAGUCAAGUCCUCCAAGAGAUCGUCUGGUCGAGGUAGAGCCCAACACAGUGACGAAUCUUUAGCUAGCAGUUCUGAUUCAGAUCAAGAUAUACCUGCUAGACCUUCUUCUUCAACAACAAACGCUCCUGUCAGGCACUCUAACAAAAAUGUCCAGUCUAAAAAAUCAACCAAGAAAAGAGGUGCCGCAUCCCAAACGUCUAAACCUGAAUUGAUCAAGAUGAUACUGCAAAACACUGAAUCAGGAAGGCAAGAAGCUUUACAAUGGCUUAAAGAAAGCUUCUCAGAUGCUAUAGAAGAUUUUGAAGAUGGGAGUGAUGAAAGUGUUCCCUUAGUUCCAAUAAUGGACUAUGCAAUAACAGCAAUGGACGAAGGCGAUUUUCAAAUUAUGCUGAAAGGUUUUGGCGUUUGUGAACCGUUUGAUGAACAAGAAUCUUACUGGAGAAUCCCUAGUCAUUUGUCUAUUGAAGAAUUGAAAGACUUUUGUGACUUGCUUCAGCAAGCUUUAGAUAAUGCCUUGGUGAUCCCAGAAGAGGGUGGUCCAUCUACUCAAGAAAUUGCUGGAGAGUCUUCUGAUGAAGAUUAUCUCGAUAGAAUGAAGAAAAAUAAGAGUCAAAAGGACACUAUGCUUACAGGGGGUCAGCAAGAUAAAGAAAAUAUAAAACCGGAUGGCAAUGUGGCAGAGUCAAUGCAAAUAGAACAACCUAUUACUAUAGUUGAAUCCAUGGAGACAGAUCGAGAAAUUGCUAAUAGUCAAACCGAUAUGAAUGAUAGUGUAACUAGAAAAGGAAGAAUUAGAAUUUUGAGUGAUAGUGAGGAAGAUGAGCCCGGCAGCAAAAGAGUAAGGUCUGGAUCAGAAUCUAGCGCUGAAAAACGUACUACAAAGAAGAGCAGAAUCAUUGAUAGUGAUGAUGAGUAAAUAAUGUUUUACAUGUGUGAUUUUUAUAAUGCUUUUGUAAAUAUAGUGCAUAUGCAAAUAAAUAUAUUUUUUCGAUA